AUGACAGACCACUACGAAAAAAUGCUGCUCUCCUCCCUUCGAGCCGAAGCGACACUCCGCGGCCUCCCGAGCAAGGGGAGGAGGAGAAGUGUAAUCGCCAGAUUGGAAGCUUCUGAUCAGACACAGACAGAUCAAGAAGAAGAAGAAGAAGCAGGAAAAGAAGUGAAAAUGGCAGAAAGCGGGGAAAAACUAAUACAAAAGGAUUUCUUUCUAGCCUCCUUCUUCUCAACUCAAGUCCAAAGAUUACACUCAUCCCGGGGAAAAGCCUUCGCUAUAGGAAUUGCGAUCGUAGCGUUCGGUUUUGUCGUGGCGGCUUUUAUAUUGCCAAGUCGUGGAAUAGCGAGGAUGGGAACGACGGGAAUUUUCGAUCCGGAAGAGGUUACUGCGUUAUCGACAAGGACUAGGACCACCCCAUCGUCGACAUCAAACUCCCGAUUCAACGUCCCUUCGGCUGUUUGUUGGUCUUCUCCUAAUGAUAGAGAGAUGGUUUGGUGUAGGAAGAGGGAUGGCUCGGCGAAGAGGGAUGGCUCGGCGUUGGCGUGGACGGUUGGGAAGAGAGGUGGAAUGCAAAAUGCCGAAUGGCUUGCUCUUAAAAAGUGCAUUUCGGAGCUCUUGAAAGUGCCUUUCGGAGGUGGAUUCGGUAUUCGGUAUGCGGAGAUAUUGGUGUGCGGAGAUGGAUUUGGAUAUGCUGAAUGUGCUAGGUCGAUAGAAAUGAUUGUUGUGAUAGGGGCGUCUACGCUGGGCCCUCGCCUCGAUUUGCUCUACGCUGGCCUUUGCGAGACAAGACCCCGGCCUGUGUCGGCCAUUAUUAAAGGUGGUGUUCAGCAGAGUGCGUUGGCAGAGAUCGCUUUGGGAAGGGCUGAGACUUGGUCAAACGAGGCGCUGGAUCUAAAUAGGUUUUGCGAAUACCUACACCUACUGUUGGUGUCAUCGCCGCUCUUCUGCGCUGUAGCUUCCAAUUUUGCCAAUUCUCGAUACUACUGCGCUGGGUUGCUGAAUAGCGGUGGGGGUGUGGUUUGCGGGUUUGGCGCGUUUUGCGCUCGGGCGCUUCGCUGGAAUGGAUUCGUGGGCGCGGUGGCCGUGGGCGAUGGUGGUUUAUUUGAUGCGUCUGUGUCUCCACUGCACGGGAACGAGCGCAAGAAAUUGGUGACUCGCGACGUCGUACAAGUUCCCUCUCCUUCUUGUUCAAUCCAUAUCAACCGACUAGGCACUCCAACUCAUCAUCUCUUUUCACUCGCUCUCUAUUCCAUCAUGCCACCCCGCCGUUCCCGCGUCUCCCACGAAGAAGAAGACGACGCCUCCUCUACCUCCUCCUCCACCUCCUCCCUAGAGAACUACACCCUCUCCUUCGGCUCCCUCACCAUCUCCCAACUCCACGCGCCCCCCGCCACUAAGAAGAAAUUCCAUUUCCGCGCCGCCGAGAAAGCUAUCGCACUCCACCAUCUCCUUACACACGCCUACACCGACAAACUCCCCCCUUCAUCCCUCAGCAUCUUCCUCGACCUCGCCACGGCCCAGAUCCCGGUCCCGCGCGAUCAAGGACUGCAUGUGAUCGAGACGUGUCUGCUGGGAUUGGAAGGUUUGGUCACGAUCCGUGUCUCGGAAGAAUGUGAAUACUGGACAGAUCGAAAGGGAGGAUGGGAUGUCGUAAGUCUUGUUUUGCUCACGCUUUUUGUCAAACUCCCAUCGUCGUCUCCCAAGUCGUUAGCGCGGCAGCAUCGCGAACGCGGAUCCGGAUACACUCGGAUGGAGAAUCGGGGUAGUAGAGGGAGCUUAUCAACAUGGACGGAAUUGAGGAGGGAAGCCAUGGAUUUUUUCGCGCGGCAGCAAAUCUCCCGCUUAGCUGUGCCUGCAGCCGCUCCCAGGUUUCAAUUGCAGCAGCAGCAGCAGCAACUUCAACAACAACAACCUCUCGGGCAGGCUCAGACGAAUCGCUCCUUCUAUACUGCAUCAACCUAUACUACCCUUCCCCUCCGAGACCGCAUUAACCAGAGGAAAUGCUAUAGGGUCUUUCUCAACUAUGUCCGACGAACCCAGCAAGCACUAGCAGAUGGAGAUCAGGCCGGCAGGGAAGUCUUGGAUCGUGUCGUCAAGAGCGUCUCUUGGAAUCAACAAUCUCUGGAGUUCGUUAGGGGGAAUGAUUAUGUCCAGAGAGAAGUAGACGGAUCAGCUAAUGUGUUUGACGGAUUGUUGAUUCCGGGGGAUUUCCGGGAUGAGAAUGAGAAUGAGGAUGAAGAUAGGGAAGAUGGUGAAGACAACGGCAGCGAGGAAGACGUUCGUGCUGCAGGUGGUUUGGGGAGAAUUUUGGUUUUAGGCGUGGGCGUGGGCGUGGCGGAUGGGAAGAAGCGAAGACAGAUUGGAUGCAGCAAAGGAACAGCGAAAAAGAGAAAAAGAGAAAAGACUCGGAUGGGAUAG